GAUGGAGCUGGUGAAGAAGAGAUGGGAAAAUAAGAGGCAUUCCAACAAUAUGACUACUGUAUUGGUUAAUGUUCUCCGGCUAUGCUCGCCGCCGUGGUUAUGGUGGUGGGAGAUAUAUGAAGUAAAUUGGAUGUGGAAAUUCUUCAUCAGAUGGCUAUUUCCAGAUUGAAUAUGGGGCAUGAUCGAGACCUGGCGAGAGAUGUAUUUUCAGUAUCAGUUAAGAGAACGUGGUGCCUGAUUGAGAAAACGAUUGAAAAACAAGAUUUACAAAGGCAAUUAGGAGUUGAAAUGAGGCCGUGGAGAAGUACAAAUGAAGAUGCAUCUUCUGCUGGAAAUAUGGAGAUGAACAAACCCAACUUAAAGAAGAAAAUAAGCGAUUCAAAUAAUUGCCAUCAAUGUCACAGAAACGACAAAGGAAGAGUCGUAAGAUGCACAAGGUGCAAUAAGAAGGGUUAUUGUAUUACAUGCAUACCAAAUGGAAUCAUCUUAUGCACAAGUGAUUAUAAUGGAACACUCGUUUUCCCUUCCCCCACUCAUUCCCAUAUCUCCCAUCUCUCGCUUCCGCUUUCAGUUUUCUUCUAUCAUUUUCUCAGACAUUUGUAAGUUUUUUUAUUUAGUUUUCGA